CCUUCACGCACCCUCUCCCUCUUCGCCCUGCAUGGCUAUGAUCGGGACACUCUGCAAAUCUCAGCGUCGCUUCACAUGACAGUCACUGCUGUUCGCGACUGAACAUUGACCGCAGUGAGCGACACUUGGACCGAUUAUGCCAGUGCGACAGCAACGCCACCAUCAUGGAAGGGUAUCGCGCUGCGCAUCCAGCGAUGCCACGAACCGCCAGGCUAUCUAAACUGUACUCCGACGCCAAGAAGAGUGCUCUGGCCAAUCUGCAAGUGCAGUCGAACACAAAUGUCCAGUUCGCCUCGCUGCACCGCAAGUACCGCAUUCAGAAGGACCGACUGAUUACAUGGGGACUCGAAUGGAGCGACGAAAAGGGCGAAGAUGCCAAAAUCGACGAGUCGGUUGCCAAGGCAGGCCUUACGGAGACGGUUGAGAGCGUACUCACGAAUAUCCACGAAGUGACAGAGGAAGCCGAGAGGAUCCAAAAGGCGAGUCAGCCACUGGCCAAGGAGGGCGAGGCCCAUCCACAAAAAGCGGCCGUCUUUGAUGAAGCCCGUUAUGAAGACCUUCUGCACGAUUUGACGACCUCCAUCGACACGCUGUACGAUCUGACCCAGUCCCGAAGGGCGCUCGCGAGGGGCGAGCAUCCUCAAUUCGAUUCUGGGCCGACAUCAUUUGACCCUCUUGCCUCGAAAAAGAGCAGACGCAGCGGUAAAGGCAUUUACCCCACGCAGUCGUUUGCCUCUUCAGAGACUACGCUCGUGAAUCCGGCCUUCUCGAAACCGUUCCUCUCCCCCUAUGCUGGAUUACCGUCACGAAUCGAGACUUCAGCUCUGAAGUUGCCUGCUGAAGGUCCACCUCCGUACGAGGCCGUCGGUGUGCCAUCAACAACCCGGAUGGUGGCAAUGUUGAUCCGCAAUAAUGUAUCCGAGAGUGUACAGACUGCGCUUGCCAGUUCCGCCGCGGAAGUUCCUGUGCUGGUGGAAUACGCCAACUACGAUGCUACGUAUCGGCAGACAGGUGUACCGCCGCCCUUACAGCGCCUCGAGGCUCUUGCGGCGAGCUUUCAGCCGAUGCGUGCAGAAUCUCAGACGAACCUCAGCUUGCUUGGCUACUUCGAAGAUGCUGACCAGCCACGGAUCGGCCUUGUCUAUGACUUGCCGUAUUCCAUACACAACAAGUUGCAUAUCACCAGCUCUGCUCAAGCACUUGCACCGCUCAGUUUGCUCAAGCUUGUCCAGAAAGGCAAUAAGGCGCAAAGCUCCGCAACUGAAAUGGCAGCUCCAGCACUCGAGCACAGAUUCCGCAUGGCCCUACGUCUGACCGAGCAGUUACAUGCAUUGCAUGCCCGCCAGUUGGCCCACGGCAACAUCAACAGCAGUAGCGUCAUUUUCACCACCACUGCGGACGAGACAGAAGCAAACCGCUUAGAGCAGCUUAGGAAGCCUCUUUGGGCGUCAUUCGACCUUUUCUCCAAAUGCAACAUUGAAGGUGUCCGCCGAGCGACCGACUUCAACGUCUACAGACAUCCACUCGAUGAGCCAAGCAGUGCGAACAGAGAGUUCCCUUUCGACAUGAAGUAUGAUCUGUAUGGGCUCGGCUUGAUCCUCCUCGAGAUCGGCUUAUGGACACCAAUUGGCGACCUUUACAAACCCAAGUACACCCUUGCCGACUUCAAGCUCCGCAUCGAAAAGAUCUGGAUACCCAAGCUGGCAUCAAAGUGUGGCUCGGCAUAUAUGCGAGCUGUUGAGACGUGUCUACGACUGUCUGACGAUACAGACACCGCAAGACUCACUCCCGAGGGCACCUAUGGGAUACUUCUACAAUUUCUCAAAAGAUGCUGCCUGUUGGACGAUGUCGGCACGUCUACAGAACUCAUUCCUGCCUCUGAGCUCAUUUCCGAACCAUCCUCGCCAGUGCAGCCUUAUAUUCCAAUCCAAAGGAAGGCUGUCAGGCAACCAUCGCAAGUCGGCUCUCUUACAAGACAAAUGUCAGAACCGGUUGAGCUCUCUCGCACACCAUCCCUUUCGAAUAAAUCUGUUGCGGGGCCAUACCGGCAUCACAGCAUGGGCAUGCCGUCCAUGAGAGAACCAAAUGUGGCGCGACAAGCCUCUGCUAGGGCACUACAUGCCUCACCUCGCCACAGUGUGGCCGAAGCUCGUGAGCAGAUCGAGCUCUUCAAGGACCGCUUGCAAUCAAAGGCACAGCCUUCGUUGAACGACUUCAAGCGACGGGUCACCUUGAUCCAGAAGCGUUGGAGAGAAUGCAAGGCUGCGCAGAGAGCACGAGAAGCUGCACAGCAAGAGGCUGAACGGUCGACCGAGCGGCGCAGCAAGUCCAAGCGCGAAGAGUUCCUGGAUGUGACACUUCCGCAACAUAUUCUGGACCACUGGCAGAGCACUAUGUGCUACCAGGUUCUCACACUGGCAGAAAAGGCAUUGAAAGGUCUGGCUGAGUCAAGCUCGAUACGUCUGGCACCUUAUGGUGAGUCAAGAGAGACCGCGCGACCAACCAUCAUUGUCGGCUGCAGUUCGACAGCGAAGGUCAAGCAUUGUCUCAAGCGUCAUCUCAAGUAUGAUCCCAGCAUUUACGAUAUCCGCGUCAAGAAGGAAGUCAUCAAGCGAUGCCGAAGGUCGAGGAGGGAGCGCGCAGCAUCUGACGCGAAUCAUACUCGCCGAAGCAUGGCACCUUGGCGAGAUCCAAAUGUCGAGAAAGCGGCCAACCCGGACUACCAAGAGCAACCCAUGUGCGGUGCUUCAAUCGGUGCAUACCGAUAUGACGAACACCUGCCACCCGUGUCUUUCGGCGGUGUCGUGCUUGUCGACGGCCACCCUUAUGGCAUGAGUGUUCACCACAUGCUAGAGCCAGAGGACGACCCGGAUGAUGAAGCGGGCGAGGCCAAUGAUGCCGAUGAUGUUGACGACGACGAGUCUGAAACCUCGAGCCUUGGUAGUUCAGAAGGGUCAGACGAGGAGGACGAUCUCAGUACUGUCCGCCCGCCUUCUGCGCACUCCUCCGACGAGAUGCCAUUGCCUCUUCACGAUGAUGCUGGUGACUGUCCGGGCAUCGUUCCCGGUGACAUGGAAGAGAUUGCUAUCACUCAGCCAGCACUGGACGAUGCCAUUGAUCUUGACCUUCAUGCCGAAGAGGAUGACGAGGACGACGCCGACUGCGGCAUUGACGAAGAUCAUCUACUCUCCUAUCGCCUUGGCCAAGUACAUGCCUCUUCUGGACUGCGACGCACCGCGCAGUCUCUGGAGGGCGGUUUCAAAAGUAUCAGUCAAUCAUUGCCACAAGAGAUUGAUUGGGCACUAUUCGAGCUCGUCCCGCCUCGCGUUCAGCCUUACAACAUUAUUAAAGGGGGACGACGCUAUUGCAGAGGCCGCAGCGAUCGUAAGGGUAACUCAUUUCCCACUUCGAUUCGUAAGAGCGAUGACUUGGCUUGCACCAAAGUGCACUGUCUAGGCCGCACAAGUGGCCUCGGUCACGGCACCAUCUCGAGCACUAUGGAGCUUGUAAAGAUCCAUGGUCGAAGCACUUUCUCUGCGAGUUGGACAGUCGCUGGCAACUUUGGCAUUGGCGGUGACUCUGGCGCGUGGGUGAUUGGCAACGAUGACGGCAGAGUCUGCGGCCACGUCCUUGCCUCUCGGGCUGGUCGAACUUACAUCUGUCCUAUGGAUCUCCUUCUUGAGGACAUUCGAGCUACGCUAGGUGCUACCGAGGUCUCACUUCCUGUCUUGACUGAACCUAUCAGCAGCCGUCCUGCGAGUAGUAGAGGCUCACCGACGGAAAUGUGUAUGUCGGAAGCUUUGAAUAAGCUUCGACUUGCUGAAGCGGAGGGUGGCGUCGCCAUUCCUGAGAGUCCUGUGCGUGCGGGCACGGGCAAUAGAACUGUUGAGCCUGUUUGAACUACGUGUUUGACAGGAUAUGUUAGAACAUGAGAUUGAGAACGAAAAAGAUACCCCAUUUGAAUUUUUGGAUCGCAGAUAUGAAGGCGGAG